UUUGCACAGAAAGUCAUAAGAGUUUCUGCACUGUUAACCGAAAUACUUCGACUGCUGGAAUAAGUUAUUGAGCUGGCUAUGACGUCUCUUACCUUAGAGUUGCAAUCUACUUUGCAAUAAAUUAUCUAAUGAGCAGCAUUAAAAGCGUGGACGUUUUAAACGGAUAACACUGUCACUACUUGAUCGUAGCUAUGUCAUAUUAUGACAGUGUGUAGAUUAUUAGCAGUUCGGUGAAUCUGAGUACGGAAACUGGAAGAACACUACAACUGCCACACACAAUAGCACAAUUAUUGCUAGCUAGCUUGUCACAGUAGCUAACUUAGAGCAUACAGUUAUAAAGAUGACGAUUUUCUCGUCGUUGUAUCAGUGGUUACUGACUCGAAACCUUGACUGCUAUCAUGAGUGGAGGGUUGGCGCCGAGUAGAAGUACAGUCUAUGUAUCCAAUUUGCCCUUUUCUUUGACAAACAGCGAUCUGCACAAGUUAUUUACCAAGUAUGGAAAAGUUGUGAAGGUGACGAUUGUGAAGGACAAGGAGAGUCGGAGAAGCAAAGGCGUGGCUUUUGUACUUUUUCUGGACAAGGAAUCGGCACACAAUUGCGCACGGGCAAUCAACAACAAACAACUGUUUGGAAGAACUGUGAAAGCCAGUAUCGCCGUUGACAACGGAAGAGCCACAGAGUUCAUCAGAAGGCGCAACUACACGGACAAAUCUAAGUGCUAUGAAUGCGGUGACACUGGCCAUCUAAGCUACGCGUGUCCUAAAAAUAUGUUGGGAGAGAGAGAGCCGCCAAAAAAGAAGGAGAAGAAGAAGAAGAAGAAGGUGGAAGAACCCGAGGCCAUCAACGAGGAGGAGAGCGAAGAUGAAGGAGAAGACCCAGCUCUCGACAGCCUGAGUCAAGCCAUCGCGUUCCAGCAAGCUCGGAUGGACGAGGAGCGCGCGCGCAAGGCGGCGGCGGCGGCGACGGCGGCGGCGGAGGAGGCGGCGGAUUGCCCGUCCACGUCGGACGAGUCCAGGAAGCCGCGGAUCAAGAAGAGCGCCUACUUCAGUGACGAGGAGGAGCUCAGCGACUGAGGGGGUCUGCGUUGGCACGCGCGGGAAAUCCCGAAACGUGCUGCAUUUUGUAUAGAAUUAACCCUGAACAUGUUUAUAUUUUAAGUAUGUAUCUUGUGUCCCCUCAGCAAUGGGGAAUUGAACCAGAGAGAGGCUUUGGAACUAAGUUAGAUUUUUUUAUUUUAUUUGCACUGUGUAAAUACUAUGGGUACUUUGUGGGUGCUGGUCAAGGGUACAUUUUGUAAUAAAACUGUUAAAUUCA